AGCUUUAAAUGAAAGUAGGCACAGCGGCCAUUUGAAAUUAUUUAUUUAAUAUUGAAAUUUAGACAUUAGGCCUUGCAUUUCAAAGUCUAAUGCGCCGUUCCCAGGCCCCAUCAAUACGCAGAGCAGCCAAAAUGGGUGCUGCUAUUGAAUUGAAUGUCAAAAAUGACAACAACGUUGCUGCGCCUCUGGAAAUGCAAUGGGGAACAGCAGGUUCCUAUAAAGGAUUCAGGCCACGAAAGUACAAUGAAGGAGAGAAUCCGCUUACCGAUAAGCGUAUCUUUCUAGUGCUCUGGCGCAAACAGUCCAACAAAAAACAUAAAACCUGGACAGGCAAUGGAACUCUAGAGUUGACUGCAACCAAGGCAACUUUGAAAGACGAAAUGGGCAAAGUAAUGGAUGUUUUAACGUGUUUUAAGCAUGAAAAAAUUCAACAAGAUGCUCUACUAGAAAUCGGCAUGAGGGACGUUGAGAUACAAGUGGAGCUAACGACCGCCGCCGAAUGCAUAGCGCAGCGGAAAGAGGAAAUUGAAAACUGGUAUCGCCAGCAAGAGGAAUCUGUUGGUCUAGUUACCGGGCACCAUGAAACCAGCGGCAUGCUACAAAGGCCGCCGAACCUCUUGAAAAGGCCAAAGCGAUUGCCUGAAUGCAAAUUCCUCAACGAAAGCGCAAGCUGUGUCAUCCCAGCAGCUGCUCCUUUCAAGCUAGACGAAUACAUUUGCAUGCUGGAACCGGCGGAACUUCAAUAUCAGACAAUGCAGCUGCUUGCCGACUAUUGCCGGGAUUCGGGCAUGCAACAAACAUCCGCGUCGGCUGACAUUCUUCAAGUAGUUCAACAGAUUUGCGAUCAUCCUGUGCUACUGAAGCAUAUCGAGAAUCAACCCGUUGUGUCGGACGCACUGGUACCACAUUUGCCGCCCUGGCAGGAAAUGGGUCUCUAUGACUCUGCCAAGUUUGAAUUCGUGCAUUUAAUGCUCGACAAUUUAGUAGCGGGGCGCGGCGAGAAGUGUGCCAUUGUUGCAAACAGUCAGAAUUGCUUGGACAUCAUCAAGGGCUACUGUCAAUGCUGGGAUAUACCACACACACAAGUUGCCGAUGGCCUGCAAGCCAACUGCUUCACAGCACCCAGCACGGAGGAUGCAAGGGCACCAAUGGUUGCCCUUCUAAUGGCAAGCCAACUGCCCAAAGAGCGCCUAACUGGCUACAAAUAUGUAAUACUCUACAAUUAUAGCGCACGAGCUGCAGCGAGGCAUUUAUUGGCAGCAAACACGCGAAUUUAUACACUAAUUACAGCUGACGGCUUGGAGGAGCGACAGUUUCAACAACACUUGGGACUGGUCAAUAGCACCGAUUCCUUGAUGGAUUUACUAAACCUGCAUGUCGAGGACACGCAAAAUCUGCUCAGAGUUCUACAGAAUACGUUAACGAACUGGAGCCAAUGGCAGCCACCCUUUAGCGAAGAAUUUUUAAAGGACACAUUUUUCAGCGAUGAAUUAUCAAGCCUAAGAUGCGUCUUCAGCAAGCUGCAUAAAGAUCCAGAGUUUCAAAUACUUUAAGAAACUUCAUUAAGUUGACAUACUUUUUGGUUAAGGCAAUAUGGCAAACGUAUU